AUUUCUCAAUAUGGAAGUCGUAAAUGCUACCCGCAAAAAGUUUCAGUGCAGUGACCCUGCAUGCAAGAAAGACAGAGUGUACUUCUGCAAAAGCCACCAGAUGAAGGCAUGCAGAAGCUGUGCCAGCAAGAUGCACUUCAAAUGCCAGCUGAAUAUCAUCCACGAUCUGACUGACCUCAACGUCGAUGUGAUUGAGGCCAAGAGAUUUGUGAAGAGACUGUUCGAGCUCAUAGCUGAGAACGGCCUGAGAGCAUACAGCCCUAACAUUGAUGGUGAACUCAAAGAGUUUCAGGACAGUCUCGUCGAGACCGAGAAGAAAAUAAGAGAUGCAAUUACUCACAACCAUUACGAGCAAUUUGACACUCUUCAGUCUCAGAUCAAACAGAUCCAAAUCCAGAUGUCUGACAGCAACGUCGUCAAAGAUAUUUUUUACUUUUCAGCGUUAAGAGAUGUUAGCCUGUACAGCCUGCCAAAAAUUGGUAAAGUCUUAUCAUCUGCCACUAAGGUCAAAGAGAAGAUCGACGCUGUUGUCAAAGAAAAUGUGGAUCUGAUGGAGAAGAAGUUCCAUUCCAAAUCAAGGCAAUUUGAGGAACAGUGCAAGGCCAGUCUCACCGAAGAGUUCAAAGACGAGAUCCAGAACUUGAAAGAUCUGAAUGAUGCCAAGGAUACGGAGCUUGAGGAACAGAAAGAAGCCACAGAGCAAGCACGUCAAGAUACCGAAGAUACCAAGAAGCAAAGAGACGAAAUUUCUGCUGAAAGAGAAUCCCUUCAAAAUGAGAACAAAGAUCUCAAAGACUUCAAGGCUCAGCUUGAAGAGGAUCUUAAGGCUAAAGUCGACCAGAUCGAGGAAUCCAAGAGCCAACAUGCUAAAGACCAAGAAGAAAUGGCUAAGGUUUUCGAGGAACUGAAAGAAAGAGAAUCUGCACUUGAAGAAACGAAGGAAAUUAUCAAAGGCCUCUACAAAAAUAUCUGCCCAGACUUCAACCCUGAAUCUAAAGAAUUAGAACUUAACAUGUCCGAAGACAAAUCCAAGGACUUAGUCAAAUCAAUUGGGGCAUCGAAAUACUCUUUGGGAGAUAUGAACAGACUCCAGAUUGAUAAGAUCUCCAAUGAAGACCAUACUCUGAAUAACUUCCUCAAGAACUGCAGCCCCUCCUCCCUCAGACUGCUUUCGUUUAACCACAGCUAUCUUGAACCAGACGGAAUCGCUGUUGUGAAAGUAAAGUUUUACGAGGAAGGCAUGCAAAAGCUGCUGACCAAUGUGACCAAAGAGGUUUAUUUGGAACAUUUGAUCGUUGAUGCAAGCGAUCUGAGCCAGAUUGUGAAGGCUUGUGUGAACUCUGAAAGGUUGACUAUUCGUUGUAGUCAAAUUUCAACUUCGGACUCUUUGGACUUCUCCACUCCCGCUCAGACCAAGCUCCAGUAUCUUAGUUUUUACAAUUGUGGAGGUUCCGCCUGGUGCAACCAAGAAUGGGACAAGUACCCAUCCAGAUUUGAGAAGAUUAUAGUGGCCAUUAAGAAUUCGUCUCUCAAGAACUCCCUCAACACCAUUAAUGUUGAAUGCUGUAAGAUCUCAGUAUCUAAAGUAAAUGAGCUUUUGGCUGCUCAUGACCUCUCCCACAUCAGUGUGGGUGAGGAAUGCAACGAACCUCUGACGGAAUAACUCUAAGUUGGUUGAAGGAUUUGAGGAA